AGGUGGGGUUGGAUUUUUACGUGCUGCGGCUCAUCUUGGCCGGCAUCAACAGAGUUGUGGGUAUCACGAGGAGCACCGAGAUCGUCAAAGGGGUGCUGGACGAGGUGGGCGAAGGGCUGUUCGCAGAGCUGGACUUCUCCCAGGAAGCCCGGCACAUCGAGCGCUUCCGGGAUUUGUACGGUGCCCUCUGCCCGGAGGUCGUGGUGCCGGACGUGGUCUGGAGCAGGACGCGGCCGCGCGUGCUGACGAUGGGGUGGCUCAGCGGGCGGAAGGCGCGGCAGCUGAAUGCCCAGGAGAAGCUUGCCAUGGUGCGCAUGGCGGCGCCCUGCCUGUCCCUGCAGCUCAUGGGCGCUGGCUUCGUGCACUGCGACCCCCACGAGGGCAACAUGAUGCUGCUGGACGACGGCCGCCUGGGGCUGAUCGAUUUCGGGCUAAUGGCCCAGAUGACGCCCGUACAUCAGGAGAGCAUGGCCUCCGCCAUCCUCAACCUGCUGUCCGGCGACUAUCGGGCGCUCGAGCGCUGCUUCGAGGGAAUGGGGAUUCUGAACACGGACGUGGAUGACGUCCGCCGCCCUGGCACCGAGGCGCCCUUCGCAGAGGCGUUGGAGGA